UAUACUUUGACCGUGCGCGUGGGUAGACGUCGCCCGUCGACGCGAAACUUUUCGAUUGACGUCGCGCUGUUAUAUAAAAAAUACUACUUGCUACUGUUUUUCUUUAAACAACAUUAGUCAAAAGUGCAUUUCUAAAUCAUUCCAUAACUUGUACGAUACUUAUAUUUUUAACAAGAAAGUGAAAAGUCAAUUUGGGUACAGUCAAAUUAUGUGAGGGUAAUGUCGAACAAGUCAAGCUUAUUAAGCGGACUCACAGUAUCGUACAUCUUCGAUCAGACGGCAUUGGACAACCGAACUAUCGACACAUCACAUUAGUUUCGCAUUUAACUGUACGUUUUUUUUUAUCCGUGAUGGAAAACGAAAUUGACUGUUUGUAUUUAUUAUUUUAGAGACUUAUCGAGAAUAAAUUGAUUUUUCGUUAUUCAUAUUUCGAAUCGUGUGACGUGAGUUUUGUAAGAUUCCGUUCAAGAUUGAACGUUUAAGUGCAUUGAAUUGGACUGGUGAUGUAGGGAGAGCUGGUGAUAAAAUGGAUACAAUGAUAAAUAUGUGGACGGUGGUGGAGCAUGUGCGGGUGGCCAGCAGUGCCGCUGAGCUGGCCAUCUUCACCGCUAUACUCUAUUGGUUCUUCACUUCGAGCCGCGUAGCUGACAUGUUGGAGGUUGUGGGUGAAAGAGUGGGCGGGUGGUGCGGCGGUGUUCGCGAAACGAGCUCGUUACGGCAAGUGGCGCGCGCGCGACGCCGGCCGAACGCAGAUGUUUAUGCCAAACUUGAUAAUGAACUUGCUACCAGAGCAUCAUCACUCUAUCGCCUCAAAGAGGGCCCGCAGGUUCCGCCUCCGCAGCCCGAGACGAGACCGCCGGCCGGUCUAGCCUGCUCACGAUGCGCCCCGCUAUCAAGAGACUCGUGGAAGGAUCCAAAGACUGAGGAGUUGGGGUCAGUGAUCAAUAUAUUGAAUAUCGGCAGGCAGACAUUCGCCAAUGGUGGCGUGGUGUCGCGUUAUCUCUGCGAUUUAGCUCAAUGUGUGCAUCUCAUCAAGUACGACUACAAGGAUGUGUUGCCCAGUGUUAUGAAGGAUGAACAUUUUCAACGGGCAAUAGAGGAUACGACCCGUGAGGAAAUGAAGACUACGGUGAACGGGAAACACGGCGGGGAGAACACAUACGCCAGUAUAAGAAAACGCGUUGAGGCACGCGCGAUGAAAGUGCUGCAGGAUAUAUCGUCAUCGAUGUCCAAUAACGUGCUGAGGCUGGUGGCGUGGCUGUGCCACAAGGCGGUGCGGCGCAUCGCGGGCGGCGGCUGCGGCACGCGCGCGGCGUGCGUGGAGCGCCUGCGCCGCGCCAAGGCGGCCGGCCUGCCGCUCGUGUUCGUGCCGCUGCACCGCUCGCACUUCGACUACAUCCUCGUCACCUUCACGCUCUACCUCACCGGGCUGCGGCCGCCGCUGGUCGCCGCCGGGGACAAUAUGAGGAUACCCUUCUUUGGGUGGUUCCUCCGUUGUUGUGGCGCAUUCUUUAUCCGACGAAGAGUCGACGGUUCCGAAUACCACGGCGACCCUGUAUAUAAAUCUGCCCUGAGGGCAUAUAUCUUAAACAGUCUAUCGGCUAACAAUAAUCUAGAAUUCUUUAUCGAAGGCGGACGCACUAGAACUGGAAAGCCACAAUUACCCAAAGCUGGCAUACUCUCGGUGAUACUGGACGCAUACCUUGACGGUACGAUCGACGACGCGCUGCUGGUGCCCGUGACGCUGAACUACGACAGGCUGGUCGAUGGAAAUUUCGUACGGGAACAACUGGGCAUGCCGAAACAGAUGGAAACGUUCUGGUCGGCUUUCCGCGGCAUCUGGAGGACGUUGAACACGAACCAUGGCAGUAUUCGUGUGGAUUUCAAUCAACCCAUAUCUCUUAAGGAGUUAGUGACGUCAUUCCAGAAGUACAACUAUUUAAAAGCUCCCGUCGAGACGUCGCUCGCGCCUCUCAACAACAAUCUAGCCGUGAACCUGGACCGGCAAAUAUUGUAUAAUCACAGUCACAGCAGUCUUUUCGGGGCGGAAGUGAGCACGGAGCAGAAAAUGAUGGUCGAGGCCAUUGGCCGACAUCUCGUAUACGACGCGGCUCAAUCGACAGCUCUAAUGUGCACGAACGUGGUGUCGUAUGUGCUGCUAACGGAGCAGCGGAAGGGCUGCAGCCUGUCCGUCCUGCAGGCCAGCGUGGAGGCGAGGGGGCGGGCCUUGAAGCUGGCCGGCCGAGACCUCGGCUACACGGGAGACUCGCACCUCGUUGUCAAGAGAGCGCUGGACACGCUGGGCGCGGCGCUGGUGCGCGCGGGCGGCGGCGCGGGCGGCGGCGCGGUGCGCGCGGCGGGCGCGGUGCCGGCGGCGCUGGAGCUCGCGUACUACGCCAACGCGCUCGUGGCGCACUACGCCGCCCCCGCCGUGCUCGCGACAGCGUUAGAAAGCAUAGUACGCAACAAGAGCACAGAGGAAGCGACAGUAAGACAUUCAGAACUAAUGGAAGCGGCGCUCCAGCUCAGCGAAAUAUUAAGCCAAGAGUUCAUACUCUGUGCGCCUUGCACCAGGAUAGAGGAAAGACUAUUGGAGGCUUUAAGAGAACUUAUAACCCAGGAAGUACUCACAGAAAUACGGCCGCUUGACAUGCUACAAGAGCAGCGCUGGUCCCGACAGUUCGCUCGAACGUUCGACGACGACGAUGACGACGACAACCGGCCAGACCCCACGCGGCUCAUCAAGUACAAGCUGUCCAAAACCCCGGAAGCGAUUGCUGAGAGGCGUCGUCUACUGCAAACGAUCCGGCCCUUAAUGGAGGCGUACUCCGCCACGUGUCGCUGUCUGCGCGACGCACCUCAGAAAGAACUCGUGGGGUCCACAUUGGACUCCUUGCUGGAGAGCUUCGCGCAGAACAAAAUGAGCUACGGUGAAGCAGUUUCAACAGAUGCUAUCAAGAAUUGUCUCCGAUUGCUACGUCAGUGGGGCGUCAUAGAGAUGUACACAGACAAUCGUGAGAGAAAAGUACGGAUAUGUCCGCCAUACAAGAACAAAAGCAAUAUUGAUGAUAUUUGUGCCAAUAUACAUAAGUUCAACAUCGACACACCGUUGCUCAAGUGACAACAAGUGAAGUGAAGUGAAAUGACAAGUGUAGAGUGUUCUUGUAAACCAAUUUAGGCACAUUGGAAAUAAGCUAUAUUCAUAAUGUUUGGGUGAAGUUAUUUUUAAUAUAUAUUUUUAAUUGGCAUAUUAAAAUACAUAAAGACAAUUCUUUAUAAAUGUAGUACUUAAGUACUAAGCUCAUGAGUGAUAUAAAAAAAAUGAGUGCAAUGUUGUAUGUUAUAAUAACCCCGGAAUCUCACAUAUAUUGCAUUUAUUUCGUUAAAAUAGAUUUAAAUUAAUUUCACUUGAAACAAAAUAUUUCUCACCUUUAUCAAAAAAUACAAAUGAAAUUUCAAAAUUCAUGUGCUGAAUCUCAUAAUUCAACUAAAUAUUACUUGUAAAAUAAGAAGAAUAAUAAUGACAUUUACUUGAGAAUAUAUGUUUUAUCUAUAGUAUGAUGUUCAGCUUAUUCAAAUAUCAAUAAAAAUGACAAAUAUUAAAAGCAAUGUCCAAGAAUUGUUUUUUGGACUUUGCCUAUCUAAAUCUAUCUGUUUAUUUUUCGAUGUGCCUGUAUAAAAUUUUAUUGCUGGCUGUGUAAUAAUACUUUCCAGUGAUUCUGACGAGGUUACGGCGGUUAUUUCACAAUAACCGCCGUAAUCGUAUCUUAUACUAGAUCACUCUAGUAUAAGAUAACUAUAUAUAAAACUUGUCGCAGUUGUCUGUCAUCUAUCAUUUCAUAGGAAUACUUAUAGGUCUGUUGUAACACAAAAUUAGAUACAUAAAACAUGAUUUUAAUACAGCUAUUUAUAAAAAUGUUGAUAAUGUUUAUCAUGCCAAAUAUAAACGUACGUAUCCGUUUUUUUAUAUGUAGCAUGUACAAUUAUUAAGUAGAAACUUUAAAUGAGUGAAAAAUAACAGCGGUAACAUCUAAACCUGGUAUUUACAAUAUGGUUAUAUACCAUCAAAAAUGUAAAAAUACACUUAUCACGAAACUCCCAAAGAGAUGGCUGUUAUUAACAAAAGAAAAAAAUAAUUGAGCAAUCGGCCUAUUACUGCCACACUUAAGUGAUUCUUAAUAUAGAUUAUACUAAUAAAAUCUAUUUUAGGGAGUGCUUUAGUUAACCGGUAACUGUUUCUAAAGCCAUAUAUUUACUGAGAAACAAUGUUUCGGAGAAAUAGUUUCUGAAAUAUCACAUUAAUAUUGACUUAGGGAUGAUCAGUAAUCUUGGCAUCCACAUCAGUCAGUUGUUUAAAACAUGUCGCCUAAUGUGGCCCAUAUAUAAACAGGUGAAACAAGCGACCACACUGUUAAACAUCUGUUUCGAAACUAAGUUUUGAACUAAUUCCCUGCAGGUAACUGGGAACGCAGAUAAAUGCCCUAAACACGUUAUGUUUACAAACAAUUGUUUAAAAACACAGUUCCAGUCCAAGUAUGUUCACAGGUCCCAAAUACGUGGCUUAAGUUUUGGUCAACUUAUAGUUUUAAGCAAUUUGAUUCACUACAUAAAUAACCAGCAAGCAAUAAAAAACGCAUUUCAUUUAUUAAAAAGAUCAGCUUAUUUAAUUUUUACUUUUAUAAGUAGUUAUAACAGGAUUUAGAAACGAGUUGGUAUAAUUAUUAAAUGAUACGCAAAAGACUUAAAUAUAACAGUUAGCAGAUCUUGUAAAUUGACUGGGGACAGACCUUGAGUUAGAAAUAAAAAUAGCAUGAAUGUUUUGUGAACUAGUUUCUAUGAACCAGAUGUAGAAGAUAAUUAAAAGUCUACUAUAUAUAUUUAGUAAGUAAGUAGUACAUAGCCAAGUUGUUACUAUGCUUACCAUUUGCCUUACAGAGUUGGAAGUAACGAUUCCCAUGUGGUUGGAAUAAUCUAUUAAAAAAAAGAUAAUCAGUUUGUAAGUAGACAAAACAAUUUGUAGUUUGUUAAUGUGUAUGGGCGUGUGUUCAUUUUUAUUUUAUUUAUUCUUAUGUAACUAAAAAUAAAUCUAAAAAUUGUAAAAUAUAUCUUAAAACGAGUGGAAUAAAUGAAUUCCUUUGUAUAAAAAUGUAA